AUGAUGGCAUAUCGUUGGCAGGAGGCUCGCAGAGACGGGAUAUUCGCUGGCUUGACGUCGGGCCUGGCAGGAGCAUUAGUGGGCUCCAAAUUUAUGGGCUUUGGCCGGAAUAAAACUAUUAUCAGUGGUGCUUUGACGGGUUUGUUAUCCGGUUACUUCUUCACCCAGGCUUUCUUUUCCUCCAACAUGGCUCAAUUGAGAUCAAGAUAUGUCUCAUCAGACACUGAAACCGACCCCUGGCCCCGCAAAUAA